GUGAGAAUGUCAUUGAGAUCAGAAAGUUCUCUGGAACUAGAGAUCAGUGGAUCAAUACCAUGGUGAAACAAUCAGAAUGAAAUAUCUUAUCAAAGUAUAAUGUUUAGAUCAGGUUAUUCUGGUACACGUGAACGUGUUUCACGUUAUUGGGAACCUUCAACUCCAUCACGACAACCACCACCACCACCAGCACCGCCGCCUCCACCACCACCACCACCGCCAGGACCACCACCUGCACGUAUACCACAAGAAUAUUAUCCAUAUAUUGGUCCAGGGAAAUGGAAUAGAGGUCGUAUUCGGUGGUUUAAUCCAAUUGAACAUUAUGGAAGUAUAAUUGCUGAUUUUCGUAAUUUAGAAGUAUUUUUUCAUCAGUCAAAUUUGUAUGGAAUAUCCUCUGAACAAUUAUAUCCAGAUUUACCGGUUUGGUUUCAAAUACGUCCUGGUGUAAGAGGCUUAGAAGGUUAUAAUAUCCAACCAGCUAUUGAAAUGGGUGGAGAAAUAGCUAGAAUAAGAAGGUUACCCGAAAGGCGUAGAACACGAAGAUUUCGCUGUUAUAAUUGUGGACAAUAUGCUUCCCAUAAAGCUGCAACUUGCCCAUAUGAACCAAUGAGACGUCGUUGUUAUCGAUGCCGUGAUCCUACUCAUCUCAUAGCUCAAUGUCCAUUACUACACCCACCACCGUUAUUUCAUCGUUAUUCAUUCCCUGGACCAUCAACACUUCAACAACAACAACCACAACAACCACAGCCACAAUUCCCAGAACCAUCAGUAGAACCACCCGAGACAACUGCUCAACAACCACAGAUGCAAUACUUUUUCCCGCCUGGUUUCGGUUAUGACGAUGAUGAUGAUGAUACUGGUGAUCAAUCUGGUGAUUUUUAGAGAAUCAAUAUUCAUUUUUUUCUAUAAUGCAUUGUUCAAGCCAGUUUCUGUGAUAAAAAAAAAUAAAGGACCGAAGCGGUGUAGAAGAGACGAUUCUAAUUUCUCUACAAAUAGUCCUACACUGUAUGUCUAUGUUGUCUUCAC